UGGGUUUUUUUAUUAGUUUAUUUGCUUCAUUUGUAUCACAAACGAAGGACUUGGAGAGUGGCUUAUCUUAUCUUAUCCACCUCAAUUUUCUCUCUUGCCAAACACUAUACCAGCACUUUCCCUCCCAUCUAUCUUUUAUCUCUUCAAUGCUCUCGUUUUACAUUGAGAACUAAAAAAGAAAAUUACGUUUCUUUUAGUGUUAAGCUUUGGGUUUUGUUUGUCUUAGUUUUGUCUAGUGUCAAGCUAUUGAAAGUAAGAAACUUUGGCGUGUUUGGACGGAGAUUCCUUUCGAGACUUGCGUGCAAAAAGGAAGUAGUCGAUAAGUUCAAUCUGGGUCAUUGUUAUUAUCGUCGAAGAAUUGUUACUCGAUUGAAGCAGCCAAAGAAUUCGAUAUCUUUUUAAGAAAUCCGUAAUUUUUGGUGUACGAAUGGCUCCCAAGACAGGCAAGGCGAAAGCACACAAAGCCAAGGGAGAAAAAAAGAAGAAAGAAGAGAGAGUUUUGCCUUCUGUAAUCGAAAUUACCGUUGAAACACCUGAAGAAUCCCAAGUUACUCUCAAGGGAAUAUCUUCGGACAAAAUUUUGGAUGUAAGAAAGCUUUUAGCGGUCCACGUUGAGACAUGUCAUUUGACCAGCAUCUCCCUAUCCCACGAGGUACGAGGAAAUCAACUUAAGGAUUCCGUCGAUAUUGUCUCGCUUAAACCUUGUCAGCUGUCCAUCAUCCAAGAGGACUACACGGAGGAGGUAGCGGUGGCCCACAUCCGACGGCUCCUCGACAUAGUCGCCUGCACAACAUCCUUCGGUUCGUCGAAAUCGGCUGGUGGAACCGGUCCCAAAGAAUCGGAUGCCGUCGACACUGGGGGUGAAUCUCCCAACAACUCUAUGGCGAAGGAAAAAGUCGACGCUACAGCGGCGGUGUCGAUGUGUCCUCCGCCGAGGCUCGGGCAGUUUUACGAUUUCCUCUCCUUCUCUCACCUCACUCCUCCUAUCCAAUAUAUUAGAAGAUCCAAUCGUCCAUUCCUGGAGGAUAAAACAGAAGAUGAUUUUUUCCAGAUUGAUGUUCGAGUUUGUAGUGGGAAACCCAUGACGAUAGUUGCUUGCCGGCAAGGGUUUUACCCGGCCGGAAAGCAACCUCUUCUCUGUCACUCUCUAGUCACACUUCUGCAGCAGAUUAGCAGGGUCUUUGAUGCUGCAUACAAAGCUCUUAUGAAAGCUUUCACUGAUCAUAAUAAAUUUGGCAACCUUCCUUAUGGUUUUCGGGCGAAUACAUGGGUUGUUCCUCCUCUGGUAGCGGAUAACCCGUCGUUAUUUCCGCCACUGCCGGUGGAAGAUGAAAACUGGGGAGGAAAUGGAGGUGGACAAGGAAGAGAUGAUAAACAUGACAAUAGACAAUGGGCAAAAGAGUUUGCAAUCUUGGCAGCUAUGCCUUGCAAAACAGCAGAAGAGAGGCAAAUACGAGAUAGGAAAGCGUUUCUGCUUCAUAGCUUAUUUGUCGACGUUUCGGUCUUUAAAGCAAUUGCAGCGAUCAAGAACAUCGUCGAAAGCAAUCAGAACGCUUUAAAUGAUCCUUCUGCUUCAAUCUUGCAUGAAGAAAAAGUGGGCGAUUUGAUUAUUAAGGUGACAAGAGAUGUUCCUGAUGCAAGUGUGAAAUUAGAUUGUAAAAACGAGGGAAGUCGGGUCCUUGGAUUGCCACAAGAGGAGCUCGCUCGGAGAAACUUACUUAAAGGCAUAACUGCAGAUGAGAGUGCAACUGUGCAUGAUACUUCUACUUUAGGUGUUAUGGUUGUAAGACAUUGUGGCUACACAGCUGUAGUAAAAGUUUCGGCCGAGGUAAAUUGGGAGGGCAAUCCCAUUCCUCAAGAUAUCGACAUCGAGGACCAGCUGGAAGGAGGGGCGAACGCUUUAAAUGUCAAUAGCUUAAGGAUGCUAUUGCACAAGCCAACCACACCUGCAUCAGCUCAAAGAUCGCAGUGUACGGAUAUUGGGAACUUGCAUUCCGCCAGGGCUUCGGUGAGGAAAGUGUUAGAGGAGAGUUUGCAGAAGUUGCAAAACGAACCCUUUAAUAUCUCCAAGUCUAUCAGAUGGGAGCUGGGGGCAUGCUGGGUGCAACAUCUUCAAAAUCAAGCUUCCGGGAAAACCGAUUCUAAGAAAAAUGAAGAUGUUAAGCCCGAGCCUGCCGUGAAGGGUCUUGGAAAACAGGGUGCAUUGCUGAAGGAAAUAAAAAGAAAAACAGAUACCAAAGGUGGUAAAAAUGAACAGAAUAUGGAGGUUUCUCCUGGUAACAGCCCCGAAAUGAAGAAACCAGAAGCCAAUAAUCACAAGAAACAGGGGAAGCAAGACGAGGAAAUGGAAAUGAAGUGGAAGAAACUGCUUCCCGAAGCGGCAUAUUUGAGACUAAAAGAAUCAGAAACCGGCUUUCACCUCAAGUCUCCUGAUGAGUUGAUUGAAAUGGCACAUAAAUACUAUGCUGAGACUGCUCUUCCGAAACUGGUGGCAGAUUUUGGCUCCCUUGAACUUUCACCGGUUGACGGAAGGACUUUGACGGAUUUUAUGCAUACAAGGGGUUUGCAAAUGUGUUCCCUGGGGCGUGUGGUUGAGCUUGCAGACAAGCUGCCUCAUGUGCAAUCACUCUGUAUACAUGAAAUGGUUGUUCGAGCCUACAAACACGUGUUACAGGCUGUUGUAUCUUCAGUCGACAGUAUUGAUGACUUGGCUGCAUCAAUAGCGGCAUGUUUAAAUAUAUUGUUGGGAACACCACCGAGUGAAAAUGGUGACCUAGACAUCAUUAAUGAUGAAAAACUAAAAUGGAGAUGGGUGGAAACCUUCCUUUCUAAGAGGUUUGGAUGGCAGUGGAAAUCGGAAAGCUGCCAGGAUCUGAGAAAGUUCGCCAUUCUUCGUGGAUUGUCCCACAAGGUGGGGCUCGAGGUUGUUCCGAGGGACUAUGACAUGGAUACUCCAUCUCCUUUUAGGAAGUCUGAUAUCAUAAGCAUGGUCCCUGUAUACAAGCAUGUUGCGUGUUCAUCGGCAGAUGGCCGUACGCUAUUGGAGUCAUCUAAGACUUCUCUGGAUAAAGGUAAAUUGGAGGAUGCAGUCAAUUAUGGCACUAAGGCACUUUCGAAACUCGUGUCGGUCUGUGGCCCUUACCAUCGGAUGACUGCAGGUGCAUACAGUCUUUUAGCUGUUGUGCUUUACCAUACCGGGGACUUCAAUCAGGCAACAAUUUAUCAGCAGAAAGCGUUGGAUAUAAAUGAAAGAGAGCUCGGGCUUGAUCAUCCUGAUACGAUGAAGAGUUAUGGAGACCUAGCUGUCUUCUAUUAUCGUCUUCAACAUACAGAAUUGGCUUUGAAGUAUGUAAAUCGUGCAUUGUAUCUUUUGCAUUUAACAUGCGGGCCAUCUCAUCCAAAUACGGCAGCGACCUAUAUUAAUGUAGCGAUGAUGGAAGAAGGGUUAGGAAAUGUUCAUGUUGCUCUUAGAUAUCUCCAUGAGGCCCUCAAGUGCAACCAAAGACUUCUCGGAGCUGAUCAUAUACAGACUGCUGCCAGCUACCAUGCCAUCGCCAUUGCUCUCUCCUUGAUGGAAGCUUACUCCUUAAGUGUUCAACACGAACAAACUACACUACAAAUAUUGCAGGCAAAACUAGGGUCCGAGGACCUACGUACACAGGAUGCGGCUGCAUGGCUCGAGUACUUUGAGUCUAAGGCUUUAGAGCAGCAAGAAGCUGCACGGAAUGGUACUCCAAAGCCCGAUGCAUCAAUCUCCAGCAAAGGCCAUUUAAGUGUAUCAGACCUUUUGGAUUAUAUAACCCCGGACUCGGAUAUGAGAGCAAGAGAUGCCCAAAAGAAAGCUCGUGCAAAGAAUAGGGGCAAACCAGGCCAAAAUUGGGAGACAACCUCAGAUGAAUAUCAAAACAAUGAGUUUCUGUCACCGACUUCUCCUGCUAUGGAGAAUUCUAGUGAUAAAGAAAACAAAGCCGAAGCUGAAUUUGUGGAAUCUGGUAUCGAGAAAGUUGAUUCGCAGCAAGCAGAUCAGCUGGUGUUGGUUAAAAAUGUGGACCAAGAACAGGAUGACAUCUCAGAUGAAGGAUGGCAAGAAGCUGUUCCUAAAGGUCGUUCACCUGCAGCUCGUAAACCUUCUGCUUCAAGGAGGCCAAGUCUAGCCAAACUGAAUACAAACUUCAUGAAUGUGUCCCAAUCCUCAAGAUAUCGGGGAAAGCCUAAUAAUUUCACAUCUCCGAGAACAAGCCCCAACGUGACUACUGCUUCAGUUGGACCUAGUCCUCCGGCUUCCAAAAAGUUUGUUAAAAGUUCAAGUUUCAGUCAAAAGUUAAAUAAUCCGAGCAGCACAGUUAGUGACGUGGAGAAACUUGUAAACCCAAAAUCAUCCCCUGGUAGCCCAGCUGCAUCUGAACAAGUUACCAAGCCUACUCAAGUAGCUAGUCCAAUCAGUGUACAGGCAGCUGGAAAACUAUUCUCCUACAAGGAAGUUGCUUUGGCCCCACCUGGGACGAUUGUAAAGGCAGUGGCGGAGCAUUUUCCGAAAGGGAAUCCUCUUCCAGAACAAAAUGCUCAGGCAAGCCAAGAGGCUGCAUCAGAAGCCACACCACCAAUGGUUGCUAGCGAAGCAGUUCCAAAAGCCACUGGAGACACAGAGUUUCUCGGUUUCGAGACAGAAAUGAAAGGCACUGCUAAUGAAGAAAGAACAAGGGAAUCGGGGGGGUGUGAAGCUUCGCUGGAAAAAGAGGGCACUACAGUUGAAGACAUAAAAAUAGAAGCUAAGACCGUAGAAGUUGAAAGUGGUGUUGAAACCACAAAUGAAGCUGAUAAUGGAUCUGCAGAUUCAGAUAUUGGAUCUCUAGACAAAUGCCAAGUUAAAUGCCCCAACUCAGAACCUUUAGUUGUUGUAAAUGAACAUACAGCUCAAUUGCCAGUGAAUGAGGCCUCUAUUCCCUCAGAAAAAAUGUUUGAUGAAGAUUCUCAAGAGCUACCAGUUGAAGUUAGUAACAAGCAGUUGCCAACUGAAGGAGACAAGUCGGAUGAAGCAGAGACUGGUAAAGAGACUUCAAAGAAACUUUCUGCAGCUGCACCUCCAUUUAAUCCAUCAACAAUUCCAGUUUUUAGCUCGGUUACAGUUCCGGGUUUCAAGGAUCCUGGAGGACUCCUGUCCCCUCCAGUGCAUAUACCUCCAAUGCUUCAAGUCAACUCUGCCCGUAGAUCACCUCAUCAAUCUGCAACAGCUAGAGUUCCAUAUGGACCUAGGCUCUCUGGAGGUUAUAACAGUUCUGGAAAUCGUGUUCCACAAAACAAGUCUAGCUACCACAGCACUGAACAUUCCGGAGAAGGAAAUCUCUACAGCCCUCCGAGAAUAAUGAAUCCACAUGCAGCUGAAUUUGUACCUGGCCAACCUUGGGUGGUUCCUAAUGGCUACCCUGUCUCUCCAAAUGGAUUUUUGGCUUCCACAAAUGGUUAUCCCAUGCCACCAAUGACACCAAAUGGUGUUUCUGUGACUCAAAAUGGAUCUGACAACCCUAUAGGAUCAGUAGAAUCACCAGGUGUUGUAACUGUUGACAUUGGAGCCGAAACUAAAAGUGAAGCAGUACUAGUGGAGCAGACCCCGGAGUUUUCCUCUGCAGAAAUUGAAAACAAAUCAAGUGCGCAGGAUCCAUCGAAAGAUCAAUCGUCAGAUGAUGAAAACAAGCUUCCUGAAAAUGAAGGAAAACCUGCAGAUGUGUUUCCUUCGACCGGUAGUGUUACUGCAGGAAAAGAAGCUUGCAGCGAAAUACAAGUUGAUGCGAAAUUAAGCAAAUGCUGGGGAGAUUACAGCGACGGUGAAGCAGAGAUUUUCGAGGUUACAAGUUGAAGAAAACAAGAAUAUUUUUGGAUACUGAAUGAUUUGUCCAAAGCUAAGGGUUAUAAGCGCUAGAGUUACAGGAGAGAGAUAGUAAUAAACAGUGUAGAGACAGUAGAGAAAGAGCAACAAUGAGGAAGUUUAUUCUGUCAAGUACGGAGCAUGUUUGACAGUAAAGGUAAAACUGAGGCGGUUCGGAUACUUUGUGAUACAGUUUGAUUUUGCCACACAAGGAGGCUUGCUGACAGACUGGUAUGCAGAAUGCACGUACCACGACUAUUUUCCGUUGAGCAGUUCGUUGAUGACUAGUACUUUUUGCUCCCUUUCUACUCAAAUUUUUUGUUAUUUUUCUGCCAUCAGUUUUAUUGGAUGUCAAUGGAGACAUGAAACAAUGGAGUAUUUGUACCUUUCUAGGAUAAUAAUUUCUUGUAAACUAGACAAGAAUAAGGCCGUCGGUCUUCCUUCCUGUAAACAUAAUGCAGUAGCAGUAUUCCAUUUUCGGCAUUCUGGCAUUGAAGUACAUGUAUUCCGGCGAACAACGAAGACAAUGAUGUUCUCGGGAUUGAAAGUGAUGAUACAUUUAAACCAAUACAAUAGGAGAAAAUUUUACUCAGCAUCGAACAUUGUCUACCUAACUUUAGGAUGACUGAUACAUGCGGGGUACUGAUGCCGGGCGAAAACCAAUGAUCAUUACGGCGGACUUUGGCAGCCCCACGAGCAAGUGCCCCGAUAACAAUGAAAUGCAUGAAAAAA